AUGCGCUUGAUGGUAUUCGAGUAUUUUAAUACAACGAAAUUAAGCCCUGAAGAGAUAAUGCGGCCCAGAUUAGACCAACUUUGGGCGUAUCGUGUCAGCGGAAUGGUUCGAGAUGUGUUCAGGUUGGCUGAAGGACGAGGAGUAGUAUACAUGUUGGAGACCGCGGGUUUGGAUGAAGCGAGAGAAAUAAUUGGCUCUCUGAUACUUAACACAGGUCUUCCAUCCACUUUCGAAUUCUAUAUCCUCAACGAAUACCGGGGAUGGCAACGGCUGUUUCAUUGUGAUGAUAAAGAGGUUAAGGACAGGCUCAAUAGUCCAUUACCAAUUUUAUCGAAUGGUCCGAAACAGUUUGUAUUGGGCAUUGCUAGAUUCAAUGAGAACUUUACUGGAGAAGCAUACGCUCGUUUAGCAAAGGAACAAUCAAUUGCAGCAUGGCGCCUCUAUAUGUCGGGUGUAUUGACCGAAAUAUCUGCAAUUCCGGCUCCUCUGGGUGUAUAUGUUAAGCUUUUAGUCAAAGACGUCGAGGAAGCCAAGGAAUAUUUCAAAGUAUUUCCAUUCGAUGAAGCUGGAAUGAUCACAUGGACUUUUUUUCAAAUACAGCCCUUUGAUUUUUGGAUUAUGUUGAUGUGA